AGUUGCAAAUGGUCAAUAAAAUACCAUUAAUUUUAAAUACUACCAAUUUAACUCAAAAUUACCAUUACAAAAUACAGUCUUAGCUAUGAAAUUGUAUUAAUCAAUUAAGAUUUUCAAACUUAAAUUCACAAUUUGCUUAGUUAUAACCGUUUAUUUAUGCAUUUUUCGACAUACACGAAUACAUUAAACAAUAGGAUAACAAUAUUGUAUCUUAAACAUUAAUUAACUAUAAAAAAAUAGUUAUUGUUUCAUUUUUUGCAAUUAUAAGAAUGCUAAUAUACCUUCUCAGAUUUGUAUCGAAGCUAAAAUGAUUUAAAAUCAGCGCAGAUGUUUACAAGUGUAGGAAAUAUGGGAGAUGUAUAUAAAUUAAAAAUCAGUUUAAUGAACAUUGCUUUAGUUAGUCCAAUUACUCGACGUAUAUCCAUACUGCAAUGUGUAAAAAUUAUGCUUGUUAUUAUUUUAUUUAUCAUAUUAUUCAACAUUAUACUCAUAAACCGAAAGUCUAACUUUAAUAAUGAUGGCCUUUCGCCACAUUUAUUGCCCGAACACGCAAAGUACAUUUCAAUUGAAGUAUUAUCUAGUCAUCAGCAAGUUUCUGUGUCCAUUGAUGAAGCCACAGUAAUUGAAGACAAUGAUAAGUUACAAGGUAGAGGCAUUCAUAUUGUUGUAUUGAAUCAACAAACUGGAAUGGUUAUGGCUCAAAGGACUUUCGAUACCUACAUGACUCAUGAAGAUGAAGCAAUGGUGUCAUUUCUGAAUAUGGUGUCAGACGGAAGAAUAGUUAUAUUUGCAAUCAAGGAUGAAGGUUCAUUUCAUUUAAGAGAAAACGCUAGGAAGAUAAUUAAAGACCUAGGUUCAAAUAAGUUUCAAAUUCUCAGCUGGAGAGACAUGUGGGCUAUGGUAGUUCAAAAGGGUGUUCGGAUGUACGGAGAAGGUUUUGGUAAAAACCCAUCUCGUAGUUCAUGGGGUGCCGAUGUUCAACUAAGAGUUGAUGUUCCUUUAACUUCUUACAAAAACCAUGAAUGUAACUGGCCAGAUAGUGAAGAGAAUGCACGAAGAAAAAUUUUUUGUAAUAAUAUCGAAGGAUAUGGGAACGUUUGCAGCUGCUUUAACCCAGAUCCUCUUAUAUUCUCACCCACUCCUCUUCCAAGUUCUAACUUACAAAAUGUUCCUGUAUCCAUAAUAGCUAGUAAUAGGCCAAAUUACUUAUUCAGAAUGCUAAAAGCGCUAUUAGAAGUAAAGGGUGUACAGACUGACAUGAUAACUAUUUUCAUUGAUGGUUUCUUUGAUGAGCCCCUAGAGGUUACCAAACUAUUUGGUUUAAGAGGAAUACAACAUAUGCCUGUCGGAAUUAAAAAUGCUCGUGUCACACAACAUUAUAAAUCAUCUUUAUCAACUACAUUUAGUCUGUUUCCUGAUUCUGAAUAUGCUAUUAUAAUUGAAGAGGAUUUGCAGGUGUCUGUAGAUUUUUUUAGUUUUUUCAGUCAAACUUUACCUCUCCUAGAAAAAGAUAACAGUUUGUACUGUAUUUCUUCAUGGAAUGAUCAAGGCUUUGAACAUACUAGCUCACGGCCAGAUGUUUUGUACAGAGUUGAUUCAAUGCCUGGUCUAGGUUGGAUGUUAAAAAAGUCUUUAUUUAAAGAUGAACUUGAGUCUGAAUGGCCGACAGUAGAAAAAAUGUGGGAUUGGGAUAUGUGGAUGAGAUUGCCACAAGUCCAAAAAGGUAGAGAGUGUAUUGUUCCAGAAGUUUCAAGAACAUUUCAUUUUGGCUCUUCGGGAAUUAAUAUGAAUUCAUUUUUCCAAGAAGUAUAUUUUAGGAAUCAUGCAUUCAAUACUGUCGAAGAUGUUAUAUUUAAGGAUAUUGAUAAAUUAACUAAAAUAGAAUACAAGAAUAUGCUUGAGCAAAAAAUUGUAUCGGGUCAUAUUGUCGACCACCAGAAAUCGCCUUGUGAUAAUGAUUUCUUGCCAUACCUAAAGAAUAUAACGUUGAUAAUGUAUAUAAAACUAUUAAACUUAAAAGAUAUGUCUACGUGGAGUCCUGUAGCAAAAUGUUUAAAAAUUUGGGAUUUGGACACAAGAGGCCAUCAUAAAGGACUAUGGAGAUUGGAUUUGAAUGGAAAUGAAUUAUUUAUCAUAGGAUGCCCUUAUUCUCAUUUUUGCAAAUUCAAACCAGUAAAUUUAUCUGCAAUCAACUACAAUAUACAAAAUGAAAUUCAAAGUAAAGAGUAUAGUCUCUAGCUUAUAAAUAUAAAACUUUAGAAAUACCACUAAUGACCUAUUUAUAAUGAAACUUCCUAUCUCAAUAAAUCAAUUCCUUCCAUUAGCCAUAUACUGUUAAGGACGUCAAUCUGAUAUUUAAAAAAAAUAUAUAUAUCAUUGUUAACAAAGACCAAUAGCAAUAGUUUUUAAAAAUAUUAAUUUGUAAUAUUUUUUUCUUGUUUUAUUUAAAAUCAGUCUUGUAAAAUUAGGUAGAUUAUAUUACAUUUCUG